AAUGUCAGACGGCCAUUACGAAUUUUCGGAGUUACAUUGAGUGGAUCUCAGAAAGUGAUUUCGCUGCUUUUGCAAAGUUAAUCGAAUUCUGCUGUAAAUUCCGUGCAAAAUAGUACAAUCAUGGCAACAACAGAAGGGCAAACAACGGGAAAUCCCAAUUUGCAUAAACAAGACUUGUCCCAGCUGGACAUUACAAAAUUGACGCCACUGUCGCCGGAAGUUAUCUCACGGCAGGCUACAAUUAACAUCGGAACAAUUGGACAUGUAGCUCAUGGGAAAUCAACAGUGGUGAAGGCAAUUUCGGGUGUGCAGACUGUUCGUUUUAAGAAUGAAUUGGAGAGGAAUAUCACGAUUAAGUUGGAGCGCAUUCCGAAUGAUAGAAUCAUAGAACUGACCACAUCGUCAGAGAAAUUGCGGGAAUUUCUCAAAGAAAAUUUCCCAGAGUGCCUGCAGCGUGGCAAAAGGCGGCGAUCGAGCAGUAUGAGUAGUUGCUCAUCGGCAAAGAGGGUGAGAUAUAGUAGAGGUUCACCAUUUGAGAGUCCAAUGCGCGACAAGGUGCCCCGGGGGGUGCUACAGGAGAUUAAUGCACGGAAAAAGACACAGGAUAAGGCAUCAUACACCGUGGAAGCGGUGCGUGAGGUGAAUGUCAUCGGCAAGAUUCCCCAUUUCAAUGUUAAAUGGUUGGGUUAUGCCGAGAAGAGGAAUACGUGGGAGCCAUUGGAUCAUAUGAGGGCAUGUGGGGUAUUUGAUGAAUGGUUGGAUGGUGAAUUGCAGGCAAAGCAUGAGACAAUUGAGCUGAUUGUGAAGGAGAUUAAGGAGGAGGCUGAAAAGGCAGCAGACGUGGUGGAUGCAGGAGUUCAAACGAAACAACCAAAGAAUGAAACAAUGUUGAUGAAGUUGGCAAAGUACGAUGGAUACCUCCUCGAUAGUUAUCUCAUUUUGCUUGCUCUUCAUCGUCUCAGUGGCACACGGAAUGCCAAACUAACGAGGCACAUGUCUGGUGUUGUGUUGAAGCAAUUAGAGCUCAAAAAGCUCAAUGAUGAGCGUGAGGAACAACUGAAGGCCCUGGAGGAGUGGCAAAAUGAGCUAAAUCGCAUUGAUUCAGCCGGGAAGAUUGUGGUUGUCAAUGAGGUGGAUCUUGAGAAGCCCCCAACGAAUUUUCACUACAUCACAAAAAGUUUCUCUCCAACCAUUGAGAUUCCCGAUGAUCCCCUAAUUGGGUGCGAAUGCGAAGAUGGAUGCAACGGGAGGACACAGUGUUGUGGCAAAAUGUCAGGAUCUUCCUUGUUUGCGUACACAAAGAAACGUCUCCGAUUGCAAGAGGGUGUCCCCAUUUAUGAGUGCAACAAACGGUGCAAAUGUGACGAGGAAUGCCCCAACAGGGUGGUACAGAAUGGACGUAAAUUUCGCCUUUGUAUCUUCAAGACGGACAAUGGACGCGGAUGGGGUGUUAGGACACUCGAAACCCUCUAUCCGGGUCAAUUUAUCGGGGAAUACGUUGGGGAAAUCAUCACACACGACGAGGCAGAAGCUCGUGGGGAGAUCUACGACAAGAAAGGCAUCACCUACCUCUUUGAUCUGGACUUCAAUGGUGCCGAACAAUCCUAUUCCGUGGAUGCCAUUGAACAUGGGAACGUCACGCAUUUCAUUAAUCAUUCAUGCGAUCCCAAUUGUGGCGUCUGGGCGGUCUAUGUUAAUUGUCUCGAUCCAAAUAUCCCACAUCUCUGCCUUUUCGCCCUACGUCGCAUUCCGGCUGGGGAAGAGCUCAGCUUUGACUACAUCAAAGGCGUUUCUGGUGAAGGGAAGCAACUCGGGAAAUGUCUCUGUGGAUCACAAAAGUGCCGACAAUACGUCUUUUAGUGUUCAAAAGGUUCAAAACAACAUAAAUCUAAUUGAGAGAGAAAGCAAAGAGAGCACGAAAGAAUUAUUUUCUUAAUUUAUAAAAUAAGCGCCAUAUUUUUUUCUAGUUUAGUUGAUUUUUUUUCGUUCAUAGAAAUUAAGUUAAUUUUUUCUUGUUUAGAAAAAAAUCUUUUUUUUGCGUGAUGAUACAAUGUACUGCAUCCUUAAAAGAAAUUUAAGGAAAAAAUGAAUAAAUUUAUGAAAUAAAAAUUUUUCUGAAAGUCCAGUAAUUUUCUUUUUGAUUUUGAAUUGAAUUUUAUGAAUCAAAAAUAGAAAUGAGCAUGUUUUGUAGUUUAUAAAUAAAUUUAUAAACAAAUCUUUAUCAUAAGGAAAAAUAUACCAUUAUGAAAUAAAA